GAGCUUCUUGCCGGCCAGCAGCAUGGAAUCUCCUUGCAGGGUGAGUUGGCCAACAACCUCUACGUGUGGUACGAUUAUUUUUGCUGUCCACAGGCUAACUUACGCCAUCGCCAAUCUGCGAUACACAGCAUUCCUGCCUAUGUGGCCUGUUGCCAGAUAUUCUGCGUCCUUUGCCCUAACGUCCGCCACACGGAGUCGAAUGCACUUCUUAGCAAACACACCUGGGCAGGGAGAGGUUGGUGUA